GCAACUCCAAAUUCAUGAGCUUCCCUUCCGAUUCCGACUAUAUGGUGGUGCCAAAGCCGGUGGUCUUCUUCUUCCUCUUUCUUGCGUACGUAGAAUUCGCCGUCUCCCUGGUCCUCUACUGCCUCGGCUUCUACGUGCCGUCGGAGCCGCUCACCCCCCCGUGGGAAGAAAAUGUGUUCUACUUCCCGGGGGCGGCGACCGACACCACAUCGUCGGCGAAGUCUCCCUCCGCGGUGGCCCCUUCGUCCAUAAAGCAGCAGCUCAGGGUGGUAGAGUUCUCGAGCUUGCCGAGGAGGUGCCGCUUGGACGACCCCACCUGCGUCAUCUGCUUGGGAGCUCUGGAGGCCAGGCACAUGGUUAGGGAGCUCGGCAACUGCGGCCAUGGAUUCCACCAGGAGUGCAUAGAUAAGUGGGUGGACGCUGGUCACGUUACGUGUCCGCUGUGCAGGGUUCGCCUGCUGCCCGCCGCGAAACAGGAAGGGCGGUGGCGAAGGUUUCUAUGGGUUUGGUGAGAUGUACAUAUCAGCUCACCUGUCGUCUGUGUAGGGCGCGCCCGUUGCUUUCUCUGGGAAGGAGUUUGAUAGCAGUUAAGAUUUUCGUAAUUAAAAUUUCUUUAACUACAUAAGAAAUACCGUAAUUCGAUUGAGAAAUUUUUUUCCUUAACGUGUAUAAAUAGAUAGUAUCAU